AUGGUUGAGUCUCUCUCCUGUUACACCUGUGAUGAGGGGAUCCUCGGCACCUGCCUCUUCAAGGCUUCUGUAAAUUGCACCAAAACUCAGGACAGGUGCCUCACUGCAGUAGCCAAGUUUAGUGCUGACCUGUUGGAUAUCCAUGAACGAGGCUGCAUAGAAAAUUCCAACUGCGUAAACGAUAAUGGAACCAUCCUGAAUGUUAACUACACCAUCACCAGGACCUGCUGCAGCACCAGCCUGUGUAACGGAGCUGCUUCCAUCCAGCUGCCUCUCACUGCAGCUCUGGGUGCUGCUCUGGUGGCAGUUUGGAACCAGUGGGCCCUUUAA